CUUUUUAGGCUUUUCAGACUUAGAUGUGCUUGGAGUGUUUCUAAUGUAUUGUUGUUGCUCUUACAGACUGCACUGGAGCUGGAAAACCUGUGUUAUUGAGAUCCAGCUGAUUUCAUUGUGAUCUUGUCUUUGGGAGCUCCUGGGCUGUAAAUCCUGCAGAAAUGCAGGUGAAGCAACUCCGCUCUGAUGGCUUCACCCCACCCUGCUCCCCUCCUGGUUCUGCUGCUCUGGCAUCUGAUGGGCUCCUGUGAUGGUCAGCAGAAUUUAACGGUGAUGCCGGGGGACGAUGUCCGUCUGAAGUGUCAGGGCGAUGGCAGGGUCACGAUCGUUGUGGUGGAGUGGACCAGAACUGACCUGAAGUCCCCGGAGUACGUCUUCCUCUACCGGGACGGCCACUUCGACACCAGCUACCAGAACCCGUCUUUCGAGAACCGCGUGGAGCUGGAAGACAGGCAUAUGAGGAACGGCGACCUGUCUGUGAUCCUGAGGAACGUGACGAGGAGCGACAGUGGAACAUACGAGUGUCGCUUUUCGGGUGCCGCCUACCGCAGGAGGAGGGCCAACGUUAAGAAAGAUCCCAGCAGCACCGUCAGCCUGAUGGUCCAAGAGCCAGCUGAGACACACGGAGCUGCCAGGUCUGAGCAGGAGGCGGAGCAGCCGGAGGCGGAGCUGCCAGCGGCGGUGCAGCCUGCGGGACGGGGUCACGCCGCGCUGGCAGCUGUUCCCCUGCUGGUGGUCUCUGCUGUGUUUGUCGCCAUGAUGCACAGGAGACGAAGACAAGGUGAGGCGUCGCCGAGCCCGGACACGCCUCACCUGACGCCAAGCAGAGUCUGAGUUUGGCCUGAAAACGACUGUGACCAUUUAAAUGAGGAGAAAGUAACAGCGAGUUUUUUGUUUGUGUUAUUGUUGCAACAACAACGAGGUAAAGGCUCAGUAUCCAGUAAAUAAAAUAAAAAAUCAAACAGGAGGAAAAAAAACAAAAGAUACGGAGGAUGCACAUUCAGACGCUGUUAUUUUCAAAAUCCACCAGCCAGCACAAUAAAUAAAUAAAUGAAUUAAUUAAUAAAUAAAAUAAAAUAAGAUGAUAAGAUGCCAUAACAAUCAUAAUUAUAUAUAUAUAUAUAUUAUUUAUUUAUUUUUUUUAAAGUGAUAUUUACUGACCCGAAGGUCACGAGCAGCUGAACGACCACAGAAUGAUCAUCUCUUGUGUCUCAUACAUGAAAAUAUAAAUCUGUAGUGUGUUUGGCCACCUGCCUCACGUGACACCCAGCAGGUUUUUUUAUUUGUUUUUUAUUUGUUGUUUAUCAUUUAUAUAUUGUGCUUGUGCCAGUUCAUGUGCAGAGAUUGAACUCUGGUAUUGUGCAAAUAUCUGGGGCUCAUGAUGCAUAGAGUCACUGUUAGGAGGAAGGAAAAAAAGUGUAUGUGUGUGUGUGUGAAACCUGCUGAAUUUCCUGUUUUUGUUCCUGUCACAUGACUUCCUGGUUAGUCAUUCAUUUAUACUGUGAAACUCUUUGCAACCUCUGUUUUUUCCACAAAAUAAAAACGUUGUUAUUAUAGUUACAGUGAUGAUCAUCAUUAUUGUUAUUGGCAGCAGUAUCCGUCUAAGUGUGGUUACAUACAAAAAACUGUUAACUGUUAAACAUCUGUUUAGAGAAGUUAAAGGAAUUUUCCAAUGUUUUGGGCAAAAAUUUCCUGUUAGCUUAGCAUAAAGACUUGAAGUCUAUGGAAGUUGUUAGCCAGGCCUAAGAUGUGUAUUUCAGAUCCACAUGAAUCUGACUGCUUCACAGCCGCUGGAGGGUUGAUUUGAUCACUUUGACAGAGCCAGGCUAACGACUCCCAUACACUUCUAGUCUUUAUGCUAAGCUAACAGGAGGUGCUACCCGUAGGAACUGAACUGUGGACGUCCAGAGGUGAAGAUGGUGUCCAACAUCUGGUCUCAGUCUCGGGACGUCAGGAAAAGAGAACUCUCAGAUCCUGCUUUAGGACGAGAAAUGAAAGUGUG